AUGUCUCAAGAACUGUACUUUGGUAGAAGCUGUUACAGGAGAAAGAUGAAUCAAGAAGGAAAAUAUUAUAUUGUCUUGUUCUAUGAAGCGACAUCGUGGUAUGACGUCAUAGAUCUAGUAGCCCCCAACUACCUCAUAUCGCCGGUUGUUCUUACAGUACAUUAUAUUUCAGAUGUUGAAGACACACCUGCUAUGAUAUUUGAGCAUUGGGAUGAGUUUAACAGCAUACCCGGAUAUUUUCUCUACAACAACCAAUCAAACUCCAAAGAGAAUGUAGUAUAUGAGAUAAAGGCUGUUAAAGAGAAAAUCUUUGUUGCCACCACUAGGGUCUGCUUCUAUUUCAAUGAACCAUGUUUAUGCAACAUGACCUAUGACCGGACUACAGAGAAAACAAGUGCCUCACCAACAUCGCAACCGACUGUAGAAGAUGACGUGUCAACGGCAACAUCACAACCGACUGUAGAAGAUGACGUGUCAACGGCAACAUCACAACCGACUGUAGAAGAUGACGUGUCAACGGCAACAUCACAACCGACUGUAGAAGAUGACGUGUCAACUGCAACAUUACAACCGACUAUAGAAGAUGACGUGUCAACGGCAACAUCACAACCGACUGAAGAAGAAGUCGUUUCAACUGCAAUAUCACAACCGACUGUAGAAGAUGACGUGUCAACGGCAACAUCACAACCGACUGUAGAAGAUGACGUGUCAACGGCAACAUCACAACCGACUGUAGAAGAUGACGUGUCAACUGCAACAUCACAACCGACUGUAGAAGAUGACGUGUCAACGGCAACAUCACAACCGACUGUAGAAGAUGACGUGUCAACUGCAACAUCACAACCGACUGUAGAAGAUGACGUGUCAACGGCAACAUCACAACCGACUGUAGAAGAUGACGUGUCAACGGCAACAUCACAACCGACUGAAGAAGAAGUCGUUUCAACUGCAACAUCACAACCGACUAUAGAAGAUGACGUGUCAACGGCAACAUCACAACUGACUGUAGAAGAUGACGUGUCAACGGCAACAUCACAACCGACUGUAGAAGAUGAAGUGUCAACGGCAACAUCACAACCGACUGUAGAAGAUGACGUGUCAACUGCAACAUCACAACCGACUGUAGAAGAUGACGUGUCAACGGCAACAUCACAACCAACUGUAGAAGAUGACGUGUCAACGGCAAGAUCACAACCGAGUGUAGAAGAUGACGUGUCAACGGCAACAUCACAACCGACUGUAGAAGAUGACGUGUCGAGUGCAACAUCACAACCGACUGUAGAAGAUGACGUGUCAACGGCAAGAUCACAACCGAGCGUAGAAGAUGACGUGUCAACGGCAAGAUCACAACCAACUGAAGUAGUUGUGUCAACGGCAACAUCACAAGGAACUGCAGAAUGUUUCACAACUACGGGAGUUCCUGAAGACAAUGUAGGAAGCAGUUUUUCAAGUGCUAUGGAUUUGGCAAGGCGAUUGGCCAACACAAGUGUAGGCCCUAUGGAAGCGAGCAGAAUGAUAAGGUCGAUAGCCCAAAACCUAAACUCAAGCUUACAUUCCAAGUUCUCAAGACGACCUGCCGACGUACUACAUCUUUUUGAUGUUUUAGCUCACAAACUGAAGGAGCCGGGAAUGAAAAUCGAGUCAGAUGUCUUGGAGAUUUUUGGGAUGGUUGUGGACAGCCUCGCCAGUAGCACCAAUGAUGACGUUGACAGCCACGAAAAUGACAUAGCAAAAAUAAUGCUGUCUCUUGAAGACAUUGUGAAAGCAAGUCUUUACUCACUAAAGGAGAGAAAAUCUGAAUGUAUUUUCUCAAAGUUAUUCAUAGGAAGGUAUACAGGUACAGUGAGGUUUCCAGAUGGUGAUCUAGUGCAUAAAGACUCUUGGCUACCUGGAUCUGAAAAUCAAAUAUAUGUGACAAUGGAGACCAAAGAAGAACAAGAAAAGUUUGCAGUCAUCAUUCACAGACUGUCUAACAAUUUUGUUAUUCCCAGGAUGGCCAGAGCUGGCGACAUUAGGCUAUCAAAUGAAGGAGAAAGCUUGACUGUGGGCAGCAAUGUCGUGUCAAUAUCUUCCCUUGGUGCUGUACAGGAUGUCACCGUUAACUUGAUUUUCUCCGUCCAACAGUCCGAACUGAACACCCCUCAAUGUGCUUUCAUUGACACCAGGUUAAGCAAAGGGACAAACGUCUACUGGUCUGAUGUAGGCUGUCGAAUCGUCUCUCAAAACUUUACUCACGUUGUUUGCACCUGCCAGCAUAUGACCAACUUUGCCGUCCUAAUGAGCAGGUUUGAUAAUAGAGAUGACAACCUUGAACUUACCUGGAUGACCAAGGUCGGGAUAUACAUAUCCUUCAGCUGCUGUGCUCUUGCAUCAGCAAUUUUUAUUCUCACCUGGAAGAGCAUACGAAGUGACAAGAAUUUACUCCAUUUACACUUGUGUGGUUGUUUGAUGGUUGGCUACAUCCUGUUUAUGUAUGGAAGUGACAAAACGGAGGACAAAGGCACUUGUUCGAUUAUAGCCAUGUUUCUCCAGUAUAUCUUCCUAGCCGUGUUUUGCCUAAUGUUGGGCGAGGGCAUUCAGAUCCUAAGGACGGUUGUCUACGUCUUUCAAACGCAAUCCAUUGUGAAUGACAUUUUGACAAUGGCUUAUGGUGCCCCUUUGACAAUCGUUAUGGUAUCAUUGUACGCAACGUUCUUCCAUGGCUAUGGCGAUGACAAACAUUGCUGGCUAACCUCAGAAAGAGGCGUCAUUUGGGCAUUCCUUGUGCCUGUCAUUGUGAUACUGAUUAUCAAUGGCAUAAUUUUGGUGUACAUUAUCAUCACAAUGCUGAGGACGAGAGCCAUGAGAGAUAGAUCUCACUAUCAAAGAGCGACUUCAGCUUUCAGGGCCAUUUUGGUUUUGUCCUGUCUCCUAGGCUCUUCCUGGUUUGUGGGCAUCCUCACUCUUAUUGACAAAUCUAUCUACACACAGUAUGUUUUCAUUGCCGUGACUAGCUCUCAGGGCUUCUUAAUUCUUUUCUUCCACUGUCUUGGCCAAAAGGAGGUCCGGCAAGCUCUCUGGAAUUUAUGCAGAAGACGUACAUUUUAAUGGUGCCAAUUAAUACCUGAGUAAAUCAACACAAUUGUCUAAAUAUUCUGGAGUUCAUCAUGGAAAAUAAAUUUAGACUAGUAUGAGCUGUCUUGUUUAAAAAAUUAUAGAAGUUGUAUUCUUUUUUAGAAUUCGGAAUUUUUUAAGUAAAGUAGGUUAACAAUUAUCAAUGUAUUAAAAUGCAAAACCAAAAGUGUUAAAAGCUAAUUAUAAAAUAAAAGCAAUGACUAAUUAAUUAGUUUUGAAACACCUAGUUGUGCAAGCAAAGCCCAUUAUUGAAAUACAAAUUAAUUUAUUAAUUCUAGCUUAUUUAAAAAAAAACUUUUUCUCUGUUCUCUUACUCAUGAUUGUGUUUGCAAAUGAAUUAACAAAAUAAUUUUUGGUUUAUAACAAAAAUGAACCCAAAAAAAUGUAAAGCUUUUAAAUUUUUGGAAAUUUUUUUUUUUCAAUUUAAAUUUUAAGUUUAAUGAUUAGGGUAAAUAAAAGCAAACAAAUUAGUUGUCAUUUGUGCGCUUUGAUGAAUCAAGUUUAUUUAUCUCUUCUCAAUCCUUAAUGAUAACCUGGAUGUUGAGGUAGAUGAGGGAAUCACCAUUUUAAAAUGGUGAAAUUUUUUGUAGUUCUUUUUCAGCCUUCUAUGUAACAGUGUAACCACUAAAAAAGUCUUGCAGAUUUAAAUCUGUUGCAGUCCUAUAGUAGACCCUUGACAUUCUAGCAGAUAUGAGAGCAUGUUGUGCUCCUAUAUCAGUCUUAAGUAACUAUGUAAUUUUAUUAUGACAGUCGAGUAGUUUUACUUUUUAGAAUAAGUGUUGAAUUUUAUGCUGUCAACCUACCAGUCAAAACAAUUAAAUUUGUUUUUUUCAGUAGGGCCUAGUUUCCCUUUAAAUAAGUCAAAAACAGUAGUCUCCCCUUAGUUAAGUCGAUAGGGCGCUUUUUUAGAUAGGUACAAACUUCACGUUUGUAAGACCCAUUAAGUCCGGCAAGAAAAAAAUAACACUGUACAAGCGUGUCUUUUCUUUUCUCCUGAUAUUUAAAAAAUAAUAUUGUUUCAUUGAUUGGUUUCUUAAAAAAUUACUUUAAAAAUUUUGUUCAGUAUGGGAGUUAGCUUAGAAAAUAUUGCUUUACAUAUGCUUUUAUUUGCCUAUAACCUCUUUACUGUAUAGUAGUUGUUUAAGCUAUGUUAAUAGGCCUAUAAUCAAUGUAUGAAACAAUUCUCACAUUUUUGAAAAACUGAUUUAAUGUAAUAAAGGGCAGAGUGUUUUGUUAAAAGCAGGAUAAUUCAACAACAGUUUAUAAAUAAAUUUAUUUAUUUCUGUGAGAAUUUUAAAAAAUAGCCUAACCUAAUUUUACAAUACUUAGUGUUACUAGGUAGGCUCCUAUAAAUAAUUUUUUUUAAUAUGAAGUAGAUAUACAUUAAAUUAUUUAUUUAUAGGCCUAAUAUUGAUUUUAUUGGUAUUUUAGAAUACAAUGUAGAUUGUAGGCCUGCUUGCAAAUAUUACUGUAAUCUGCUUCUAGUCAUAAUUGUAUAGGGUUCAGUAAGUUGGAAUUUUAAAAAUUAUUGUCUUAGUUUUAAACUUGCAUUUAAGUGUGGUGUAAAAAUAUAGAUCUACUUUGAAAAUAUAAUUUUUUUUUGCAUCAUACCAAGUUAAGUAUUAGAUUAAUAUUAUUAUUGGGUAAAUAUUUUUGUUGUUUUGAAACUCCAAAAUCUCUACCCCAUGUAAAACAGCUAAGGUUAACCAUGUAAAUAUUUUUGUUGUUAUGAAACGCCAAAAUCUCUACCCCAUGUAAACCAGCUAAGGUUAACUAUGCAAAUAUUUUUGUUGUUUUGAAACUAUUUUAAAUCUCUACGCCAUGUAAACAAGCUAAGAUUAACCAUGUAAAUAUUUUUGUUGUUAUGAAACAUAAAAUCUCUACCCCAUGUAAACCAGCUAAGGUUAACAAUGCAAAUAUUUUUGUUGUUUUGAAACUCCAAAAUCUCUACCCCAUGUAAACCAGCUAAUGUUAACCAUGUAAAUAUUUUUGUUGUUUUGAAACUAUUUUAAAUCUCUACCCCAUGUAAACCAGCUAACGUUAACUAUGCACAUAUUUUUGUUGUUUUGAAACUCUUAAAUCUCUACCCCAUGUACUAUUAGGAGAACUCAUCAAUUAUUUGGUUGUUAGAAAACUUUUAAAUCUGUUUAACCAUCCUCAACCCGUCCACUUCAAAGCCGUCUUUGAUCUUGUCUUAUGAAAUGGGAUCAUUUGAUCUCAUGAUUAUGUAUCCGUCCCCUAACUUAUAUCAUUAUUUAGAAUUGGGUUCGUUUUUUCUUGUACUACUUCUGCUUUUAUGUGACUUUGUAAUCAUGACAGUCUAAUACACUGAAAGAAUACGUAUUUUUUGCGGUCAGGAUAAUUAACCCUAUCAGAACAAUGGAAUUUAUUUCGGUAGUAUCCCCUUUCUUUGGUUAAAGUAGGUCUAGGCUGAGAUGAUUGAGAUUAUUUUUUAAAUUUAUUUUAUCCCCCUUCUAUUUGCGUCAGGCAACUAAAAAUUUCCCUACAUAAGACAUAAGGGAGCCUGCCUGUUUCUCUUAGUAUACCUAAAUAACAAUGACAUUUUUCUCUUCCUGUGAAAUGACAUCUAGAAAUAAAUAUAUAGGACAACAAUGGAUAGCCAGGAGAGAUCUCAGAAAUUAUUUUUUUGACCUAAACUUUUAUAUUUCUGUAUUGUGUUACAAAUAAUUUUAAAUUCAUUUUUUCAUGUAUUUUUGAUCAACUUUCAUACAAUGAAUUCCACUAGAUCUACUGCUAUUAGAAAGCUGGGCUGAAAAUUAAUUGUGAAAUAAUUACUAUACUUUUUAUAUAUACAUUUAUAUUAAGAAAUUUUCAAAAACCACCAAACCAAUUUUUUUGCUAAUAUUUUUUUUUAUUUUUAAUAAUUACAAACAUAUUUUGUGAUAUUCAUUAUACUUUUUGUUUAUUUAAAAUAUAGGUGUUUAUCUGUUAUUACACCAUAUAUUUUAAUAUAAUGCAUUUUUUAAAUAUUUACUAUAAUCUGCUUUUACUCAUAAUUGUAUAAGGUUCAUUGCACAGGAUUUUAUUUAAAUAAUUGUUAUAUAAGGAUAAUUGAGUGGGAUUGUAUUUAUAUUUAAGCCUUAUAAGGCUAAUUAUGUGGAAUUAUUUAUUUAAAUUAUUGUCUUUCAAGGGUCAUUGCUUGGUAUUUUAUUGAAAUUAUUGCCUUAUUUUAUAACUUACAUUCCAGUGUGAUAAAUAAAUGUACAUUUUAUUAAAGAACUUUUCUUUGUAUUAGCAUUUUUAAAUAUUUACUAUAAUCUGCUUUUGCUAAUAAUUUUACAUGGUUCAUUGCAUAGGAUUUUAUUAAAUAGUUAUGUAAGGGUAAAUUGCAUGGGGUUUUAUUAAAUAGUCAUGUAAGGGUAAAUUGCAUGGGGUUUUAUUAAAUAGUCAUGUAAGGGUAAAUUGCAUGGGGUUUUAUUAAAUAGUCAUGUAAGGGUAAAUUGCAUGGGGUUUUAUUAAAUAGUCAUGUAAGGGUAAAUUGCAUGGGGUUUUAUUAAAUAGUCAUGUAAGGGUAAAUUGCAUGGGGUUUUAUUAAAUAGUCAUGUAAGGGUAAAUUGCAUGGGGUUUUAUUAAAUAGUCAUGUAAGGGUAAAUUGCAUGGGAUUUUUAAAAUAGUCAUGUAAGGGUAAAUUGCAUAGGAUUUUAUUAAAUAGUCAUGUAAGGGUAAAUUGCAUAGGAUUUUAUUAAAUAGUCAUGUAAGGGUAAAUUGCAUAGGAUUUUAUUAAAUAGUCAUGUAAAGGUAAAUUGCAUGGCAUGUUAUUAAAAUGAAUUCCUUAUUUUAGAACAUACAUUCCAGUGCAAUAUACAAAUGUACAUUUUUUAAAGAACUUUUCUUUGUAUUAGCAGUCAACAAAGUAAAUCUCUCUACCCCAAGUAUUAUUAGGUUAACCAUACAAAAUAUUUUGUUUGUUUAUGAAACUGUUUUAAAUUUCUACCCCAAGUAUUAUUAGGUUAACCAUACAAAAUAUUUUGUUUGUUUAUGAAACUGUUUUAAAUUUCUACCCCAAGUAUUAUUAGGUUAGCCUUUAAAAAUAUUUUGUUUGUUUAUGAAUCUCUUAAAUCUCUACUCAAGUAUUAUUAGGUAAACUAUAGCAAAUAUUUUGUUUGUUUAUGAAACUAUUUUAAAUUUCUACCCCAAGUAUUAUUAGGACAUAAAAAAUAUUUUGUUUUUUUUAUGAAACUAUCUUAAAGUGCAAAAAUUAUUUAUUAAAAUGUGAUAUAUUUUUUGAUCAAUGUGCAAAAAAGUGUCUAAUUUAGUUUUUUACAUUGAUAUUUCAACCUUCCAUAUUUUUUGCUUAUACAUGUUUUUAAAAAAAACUUAGUCAUUUUACAAUCAUUUGUAUUCAACCAAGGCUAUCAGUUGAUCAGUCAAUUAUGAGCACCAGAAUAGAUUUUCAAAAAAUAUUUUACCGAUCCCUCUGAAUGGCAAAUGUGUGUUUUAAAGAUGCUUUAUUUACUUGCAAAUUAAAAUGCUGC